AUGCAAAACCUGGCUACCCCUCCAAGGCUGGCUCUAGCUGGUGUCUCGAUUGCACUAAUUCCCCGAGUCAACAGGCUAACAUACACGAACACAAAGGCAAUAUAUGCCUACGGAAACGUCCAGGCAACGUUAGCCGCGACUUCACGUCCAGUAGCAGGAGCUAGCUGGCCCGGGCUUCGAGGCUUCCCGAUCUUCAUCCUCCACCGACUGAUCAAAGUCUCUUUCCUCUCAAGAUUCAGUAUCCAUGUCGGCCCAGAGAACGCGAAUCUCGCCUGCCUUGCGGUCCUGAACGUGGCGAUAGAGAUGCUACUUUCGAACCUCAAAGUAGCCAAUGUGCAUGCGAUUCUCACUGAGCCUUCACGUGUGCAGAUUCCGUUUACUCGACGCGUUCUGAGCUGGGCGAUGUGGAAGAAGAAUUUUUCGGCGGCGCUGCUUUAUAGCACGGCCUCGAGUAUAUGCUUUUAUCUCGCUGUGCAUAUGUUCCUUCUGUUUUCGACAUUUAAUGGUGAUGACUCGAAUAGCUAUAGGCUCGUGAUGAUUGGUAUUGCUCUAGCUGUGAUGGUCGUUCUCUACUUUGUUGCUGUGGUUCCUAGCUAUGCUGUCUUCAUCCGGGUGGCUGCUUCUACGGUUGAGUACCGAGACAGUCGCAGCAUUGAAAAGACCGAGGGUGUCAAGGGGACCUGGGGGAGCUUCCACUGGCUGGAUUUUCGGAGAUUUAGUGGGAUUCUUGCCCAAGUGCUUGGGUUGGAAAUGAUUGUCGCUACGUGUUUGUCAUUGCUUAUAGUAUCUCUCUUGACCUUUGAGGAGUAUCCUUUGAACCUUGAUAUGCAGGAUACUGCGGUGCGAUUUAUAAUUAGAUAUGCUUGUUAG